GGAAGUGAUGUAUGCAGACUUCCGCCGCUGUCAAGGGCACUGAAAACUAACGUUAGCCAAACCUAAAGGUAACUGUACGCACGUGUGUCUAAAAACACCGAGAAAGCUACAGUUUUCGGUAACGUUUACGGUAGAAAUGGAAGGCUACAGUUCAGACUUCUCUGCCGGUGGGGCUGGGGGGAAAGUGGACACCGGGACCAUCAUGGAGCAAGUUAAAGUGCAGAUCGCGGUGGCUAACGCUCAGGAGCUGCUGCAGAGAAUGACAGACAAAUGCUUCAAGAAGUGCAUAGGGAAACCUGGGAGCUCGCUGGACAACUCUGAGCAGAAAUGCAUUGCCAUGUGUAUGGACCGGUAUAUGGACGCCUGGAACACGGUGUCCCGAACAUACAACUCCAGACUACAGAAGGAAAGAGCUCGCAUGUGAACGCCUCUCUCUGCACCCGUCCCUUCCUCCCUGCGCUGCUCACAGUGAGGAGCAGCAGGUGUGUUUCCACUGGAGGCUGCAGCUGUGCACACUCACAGGUGUGUGUGUGUGUGUGUGUGGCUGCAGCAGAACAUCAUCACCAUCAUCACGAUACCUCACAGAGAGGCAGCAGAGCCGGUGGACUCGAGCCAUAACAAAGUCUCUAUGGACAUUUUCCUUUUGCUCCGAGGAGCUGUUAUAAAGUUUGAUUAAAUGUGUUUUUAUGUUAUGAGUAAUUCAUCCUCUGGUUAAUACGUACAUUGUUAAAACAUGCACCUGCAUACUUUAUGUAAUUGAUGAGAAUUGGACAUUUCCAGUUGGAGUGAACAUAAGUGUGAAUGUGUCUCCAAGUAAAACCUGUAAUUGUCUGACCACUGUCCAAGUGUACCCCAUAUCUCGAGCAGUGCAUGCUGGGAUAUGUUCCAAUAAUGUAUGCAGAUGAAAAAAAUAAAUGUACUGUUUUGGAAUCAGGGCUGAAACUCA